AUGAAGUUCCUCUCCGCCCUCGUUCUCGCUAUGGCCAGCGUGGCCAUCGCCAAGGACGGCAACAACACCGACGGCACCUCGACCAAGUCUCAGUGCAAGCAGGUCUCCCAGCUUACCAAGUUCAUGGACAUCGCCGGCAACUCGACCAAGCUCGACAAGAUCACCAAUGGCAACGCCACCAAGGCUGCGGACAUCCAGGCAAAGGCGUCUCAGGCAUCGACCAAGUUGACCGAGCUCCAGAGCAACGCGACCCUUAUGACCGCUUGCGACCAGAUCUUCGCUGUCCAGGACACCGAGGACGCCUGCGAAAAGAUGCAGGGUCUCCAGAAGCUCAACGCUCUCAUUGCCAACCAGACCGCUCUGGACGAGAAGACCAAGGGCAACACCACCAAGGCCGACGCGAUCAAGGCCAAGGCGCAGGAGAAGGCCGCAGACCUCACCGCCAUGGAGGGCAACGCCACCCUGACGAGCUUCUGCGCCGGCUUCAACGACAAGCAGUCCUGCAAGGCCAUGGCCAGGCUCGCCAAGGUGCAGGAGUUUGCUGCCAAUACCACUGCUCUUAACGAGAAGUUCAACGGAGACGCAGACAAGAUCUCCAAGUUCCAGGCCAAGCUCAGCAGCAAGGCCGAGAAGGUCAACGCCCUCAUGAGCAACAGCACCCUCAUGGACACCUGCAAUAGCCUCGGAAUCACAACCGCCUCCACCACCACCGGCGCCUCCACCUCGGGCUCCACCGACAACAAGAAGAGCGCGGCUGUCAGCGUCAACUCUCUGGGCGCCGGACACGUCCUGGCCCUCGUCUCCGUCUUUGCCUACGCCGUGGCCAUGCUCUAG